UUCCGGUGAAAAAAAUAUUCAAAAUAAUUAAUAUUUGUAGGUUUACAGCUAAUUUAGCUCAAUGUACGGACUAUAUUUACCAAAACAUGGUCAGUAUUAAAAUUAAAGAUGUCUAGUAUCUUGGAGAGUCUCCAGUUUGCUUGUGGGAUCUGUAGAAUCUGUGUUUACACUGUGUUUCAAAGCAUAUGUGGGGGAAAGCCACGUGCCGCAAAGCCUGAAUUCUCAGUGAUCUGUAUUGGCCUGUCAAAUACCGGAAAAUCCACUCUGUUAAAUCUACUUAGUGGAGAGAGUUUCAAUGAAUUACAGCCAACUUCAGGUUUUAACAUUAAAGCUCUGCAAUUCAAUGACUGUGUAUUGAAUGUGAAGGAAAUUGGAGGAAAUGACAAAGUGAGACCAUUCUGGAACAAAUACUACUCCAAAUCAGAGGGAGUCAUAUUUGUUGUUGACAGCUCAGUUAACAAUGAAGAGCUAGAAACAACUGAACUGGAACUAUGUAAAGCCCUAGAGAAUGACAAUUUGAGAGGACUCCCUUGUAUGAUCCUUGCUAAUUGCCAGGAUAAAGAAGGAGCUCAAUCACUAGAUGAUCUGAAAGCAGCGCUGGAGCUUGAGACUCAUUGUAAAGACCGCAAAUGGACUAUCCAGGGCUGUAACAAAUCUGAUGUCAGAGCAGUCAAGUCGGCUUUUGAACAGUACGUUAAAUUAUUGAUGGACAAUGAAUCUGACGCAACUCCACCAGAACAAGGGAUGGAGAAAGGAGACGAGGAUAAUGAAAUGAACAGAAUUUAAAAUUAUCCAAUGAAAUUCUUCUAAAAUUAGAAACAGAGGUUGUAAGGUGUGACAAAAUUGCUUGCAAUGUCCACAAUUUUCUUACUAAUGUUUCUUUAAACAUUCCAAAUAUGAGAUCUCAAAAAGAUUCAUAAUAUCUUUCAAAAAGUGAAGUUGAAUCAUGUUAUAUACUGUAUUAAUGCACGUUUGCUGAUUGAGCCACAUUUUACCAUAUUGGUAUUCACUCCAUUGCACAAA